UCUUUUGGCAAUUACCAAUAAGCGGAAUGGCGAGCUCAGUCACCAAGGAUAUCUCCUUUGAGGAUCUGAAAGCACUCCUGGGAAAGAGUGAGAAUCUCUUGCUGGUCGAUGUUCGCACUAAAGAGGAAGUGGAUAAAGGAUAUAUUCAAGGAUCUGUUCACAUCCCACUUGAUACAGUAGAUGCUGCUUUUUCAAUGGCGCCAGAUCAAUUUAAGGCCAAGUACAAAGUAACCAAGCCACUGUGUGAUGCACCAGAGCUGGUGUUUCACUGCAUGAUGGGCAUGCGAGGGAAGACUGCCACAAACAAGGCCUACGAACUUGGAUAUGUGAAUGCACGAAAUUAUACCGGAGGAUACAAGGAGUGGUCCGUGAAAGAGAAAAAGUAAAUUGUGUUGGAGGAAAGUUUCAUAUAUAGUUACAUUGUGAAUUUAAAACCAACAACAUCUUCUUGUACUGUUUUAAUAUUUCAUUGCAUUAAGAUUGAAUGAAUUGUUACAAAUGUAAUAAAUGACAAUAUCUUCUCAAA